AUGGCGUCCGUAAAACGAUUGAAUUUGAGCAAGUCACGUGAUGACGACGAAAGCUCGUCGGCUUCUUCAAUUAGUAACGAACGGGAGCAAGAGGCAUUGUCAGAGAGACCGGAGGAGGAGGAUUCCAGCUCUGACGAAGGUUCGGACAAGGAUUUUGAGAUUCCACCAGGUUUUGAAAGUGUCAAGGGGAGCGGAGCGAUGACACGAGAGGCGGUGGUGAAUACGGACCAAGAGCUCUGGUUCUUCAAGCUACCGAAGAGUCUGGACGCAUCAGCGCUUGCCAAUGUGACGUUCAAAGUAGGUGAGGAAAAUGUGGUAGUGAAGCCUGGAAAAUUGCUGGCCAAGGUCACGGCCGGUGAAGACAACAAGAAGUACGUGCUGCAGAGCGAGGACCGCAUGCUCACAGAUCAGCUCGUGAACGCUCUGCCACUUGCCUCGGAUCGUUCUCGCUUUGUGCUGGGCAAACCUUUCUCGCGUUGUUUUUCGCUGGUGGAAGACUGGUUUGAGGCGCCAUCUACAGUAUCAGAGAAGAAGACGACCGAGGUAGAUCCUGGAUUGCCUGUCGUGGAGAAGCGCCACAAAAAGCACUCAUCGGAAAAGAGUGAGACGCACAAGUCCAAGAAGGUGAAGCACAAGAAGUGA